GAGACAGUCAUAUGGAGAUGCUGCCAUAGAAUUUGUCCAAUUGAAACUUGAUGGAUCAGAAUAUACUCUUAAAUGUCUCAUUUGCCCUGAGCACAGAGUACAUAAUAAAUCAUAUAGAGUGACUUUAGUCCUAAAUAUUGUGGACGAAGAAAUUUUAUCAAUUCAGUGUCAUGAUUGUGCGGCGUCAUCAGGUGGAUGUAAACACUCGAUUGCUUUUCUCAUGUGGUUACAUAGACGAUAUGAAGAACCGUCACCAACAGAUGUUGAGUGCUAUUGGUGAAAGUCUGUUCUUUCUCAAGUUGGUUUAUCUAUCAAAUACAUUAUGGUGAAAGAUUUUGCUUCUAAUAAAGACGUCGCCGCUGUGACUAAGCCUUUUAAUACGUUAGAAGAAUUUGUGAAGAGAACAAAAGGAAAAUCUGUACAGAGUCAAAUCUUGAAGUAUUUCAACCCUGUAAAUACCGAGCAAAGUCUUUCGAUACACAAUUUACUCGUUGACUUUAUUAACUUGGGAGGAACAUCAUCUGAGGAAUUUUUAUAUUUUACUACAAAUCAAAUGCCUCGAGAACUGUCUGAACUUAUCGAAAAAAAGACUCAAGAUCAAGCUGACUGUGACCUUUGGUUUACAUUGAGAUAUGGACGAAUUACUGCAUCAAAAGCUCAUGAAGCAUCCCGUUGUAAUACAACCGAUGGAAUGUUGGUGGAAUUGCUGGUCGGUAGUCAAAAAUUACGAAACACAAAAGCUAUGAAACGAGGUAAACAAUUAGAAGCUAUGGUUUUACGAAGAGUUGAGCAGAAGUUGAAGAGAAAGUUUAAAAAAUGUGGAUUAUUCUUUUCCGAACAAUAUCCAUAUCUUGGAGCUUCACCUGAUGCCAUCGAUGAGGAAUUUGUUGUUGAAAUUAAAUGUCCAACAUCUGACAAGAGUUUUCGUACAUAUAUUGAUACAAAUAAUUAUGAUAAAGUAUCAAUCAAAUAUAUAACUCAAAUUCAAAUGCAAAUGCUUUUUACAGGAAGAAAAAAGGCAUUGUUUAUUGUUGUGGACCCAAAAUUUGAAGAAAAAAAUAAUUUUAAGUCUAUUAUUAUUGAUUAUGACUCAGAAUUAAUAGAUAAAUUAUUAAAAGACUUGAAUCGAUUUUGGAAAAAAUAUAUUUUCAAGCGUUUAUUUAACUCUUUAAAAUAA